CCACAAAUUGCAUACUUGACUUCAGCACAAGUAGAUUGAGUUAGAAAAUGGAGAGCUUGAUUCUGGUACCAGGGCAUCUCUUGCCCAACAUGAUCUCUCGGUUAACCUUAUUAGUUUCUUUGUUGUUCUUAGCAAUUCCAUUAGAAGCAGCCAACACCUACCCAAAACAAUGUGGAAAUCUCGACCUCACAUUGCCCUUUGAAUUUGGCACUCCCGUAAAAGGAAGUGGAUCUUCUAUAGGUGAUUACUGGUUUGACAUAAGACAUAGCAGCACUUCCUAUAGAACACCAACAUCCUUCAUAGGCGAAACUAGUCUUGAGGUACAGGUACAGGUUUCUUCAUUUACCAAGGUACGCGUAAAUAACUCCAUUGUUUACGCUUAUAGUAAUUAUAGCUGCUACACUGAAGCUGGAGCGAAGAUGUUGCACGCAAGCAAUCUCCAUGCUGCUGCAAUCAAUUUGACAGAUGGCGCUCAGAUUAUUAGAACCUCCAACACUAUUACUGCAAACAAGUUCACAUUGAUAGGUUAUGAGUCAUUUGAUUUUGUAGGUUAUGACCCAUUAAUUUCCAGCAUCAACAGUACAAUGAUUAAUCAGGAAAGAAGGGCUUGUUCUGAUAUUAACUGUGGUCAUUCUUUCAUUCAAAGAGGCAUCAAGUCGUUUUUUCUGAAAGAGGCAGGAAGUGUAGGAAACAUUACUUUGUUAGCUAUGUAUUUUUGGUUUGUCAUGAGACUGAGUGGUAGUGGUACACCAGUCAAGUCCAGCCUCACGCUUCCUGUGUCUAUGGUAGAAAACAUCAGCUAUGCGAGUCGUCACACUCUACGGCCACCAGGCAGCUCCAGGUUGAAAUUAUUAGCUCAACACUCUCUAUGGCAUUCCAAUUCAAAAAAGGGAUUCCUUGUAUCUAAGGUUCGCGAAGUUGACACACAUAAAAAUCUGGAAAACCACAUGAAAAAGGACAGAGGUUUCAUUGCACACAUCAAAGUCUUUUGGGAAAAUUUCACUCUAGGUCUUGGCUUUUGUUGUUUGUUGCUUGUGUUUGGGAUCACUGGGAUAUAUUCCAGUGUGAAGAAACAAAAGUCGGCUAAGCUCAAAUCCGAGUUUUUCCAGAAAAAUGGAGGGUUAUUGUUAGAGCAGCGUAUUAGUGCUUCAACCGGAGGAUGCACAAUCAUUUUUACAUCCAAGGAGAUAGAAAUAGCUAUCGACUAUCAUACGAAGAGUCACAUUUUUGGUCCAGGAGAGGGUGGAGUCGACCGUUUCAUAAUUGAGAUUAUCACUCUGACCCAAAUCAACCAUCAAAAUAUGGUUAAGUUCUUCGGCUGCUGUCUAGAGACUGAAGCUCCCAUACUGGUCUAUGAACUUGCCUCCAAUGGGACCCUUUUCGACUACAUUCAUCAUACCAAUGGGAAAACAUCAUUGUCCUGGGAUACGCUUCUAAAGAUAGCCUCAGAAUCUGCAGCAGGUCUUAAUUAUCUGCAUUCUGCAUCAAUCAUUCAUGGAAAUGUGAAGUCUUCCAACGUUUUACUAACUGAUUGUUUCGUUGCCAAAGUUGCCGGAUUUGGACCUCCGAGGUUAUUUCCUACUAAUGAAUCCCAGAUAAGCACACUGCUGCAGAGGACACUUGGCUAUCUAGACCCGGAGUAUCUUCAUAAAGGUCAACUGACAGAUAAGAGUGAUGUCUACAGCUUUGGAAUGGUUUUAUUAGAGAUUGUAACAGGAGAGAAGCCAAUAUCAUUUGGUAGACCAGAAAGUCAGAGAAUCAUAUCUUCCCAUUUUAUUUCGUCCAUGGAAUUACAAAGUGGUCUCUUUCAUGAGAUUGUUUGGCCACAAAUUGUAAGAGAAGGAGACAGAGAACAAGUCAGAGCAGUAGCAGAGCUUGCAAAAAGGUGCCUCAAGCUGAGUAGUGCAGAAAGACCAACAAUGGAAGAAGUGGCCGGAGAGCUAAAGAGGCUGUCUGACCGCCACCAAGUACAAGUUGGCCGCCAUGACAUCAAAGGUUCUUUGGAGAUGAACCAGCCGGAGUGACUAGCUCAUAGAGCUCAGAUAUGGAUUUCCUUAAUUAGUUGUUUAAAUUUUAUUCAAACACCGUGUCUGGCGUUGAAGUCUUCUUAGUUUGAUUUGCACUUCCCGUGUAAAUUAUUUUAAUGAAUGUUAUGUAGAAAGUGAUAAGGUUCAGUGUUUGAAAUUUUAGUUAAAGAAAUGAAUAAUGUCUCAAUCUUCUGAAAUAUAAAAUAAACUCUACCUCCUAGCAAGUUUACUA